ACAAAUUUCAAUCAUUGCAUGACCGAACGCUCGAACCAACCAACUCAAAUUACAGUGCAUGCAAAUCAUCCUAUCAUAUCUCAGGAACCCUGAAUUCUGCCUUCGACAUCCUAUCAAAUCUCGGGCACCCUGAAUUCUGCCGUCGAAGGCAUACUCAAAUUUGCCAGACCUGUUGCCUCAGUAUAUCUCCGACAGUUCUCACAAUGCGAUAUCAGUCCUUUGUGGUAGCUCUGAGCUUCGGUUCAGCAGCUCUAGCUCUUCACCACCAACAAUUUCCCGUUAGUGCCGCUGGAGAAACUUCCGGUUCCAAGAUCGAGCAAUGGAGGUUUGACGAAGGUCCUGCUGAGAACGCAACAGGAAACUUGAUAUUCGACACUGUCCAUUCGCUUCUACAACACUGGCCAAACACUCGGCAUCGUAAUGGACAUAACAUAGUACCAGGAGUGAUUCCAACCGGUACUUUGCUUUAUCACGGCACCGACAGCCAUACGAUACCCAGCGGACCUGACUGGACCGCUAUAGACCCAGAGCAUUCUAUUGUUUUCGCUUUUGGAUAUGGGACUGGCUGGCAGCUCACAAUGGCAGUAACGCGACCUCUGAAAGUUUUGUAUUUUGAUGGAAGUAGUUCUGCAAAAUUGUCCGAGGGUACGAUAGAUACGCAGGAUAUAAUAACCUGGGGAGAAGUGCAACCCGAGCGAUCCUGGGACGAACUAUCGCGGAUUCAAGAACUCUGUAGGUGGGGGAAAGAGUUCGGAAUUGACGGAUUUGCGAGGAUGGAAAUGAGCUUUGAAGUUAUGUUAUGUGAUUUUACGGCCGGCGUUGAAGUAGUAUCUUUUCUGCAUGUCCGGCUCACAUGGAAGGACACUCAUGUUCCUUCCCCUCCCUACCGUCCUCCAUUGGAUCAGGAUAUCUGGAAUCGCACAUUUGAAGCCAUGUACUCCGGCUCAUGGCACAAUAACUACCCAGGAGAAUCUCGCAUUGUGCUCGACCUGGCUGGUCUUGUCUCACUAUAUGAUAUCGCACUCGCACCUUCCCUCGUCCCGGUUCGCGCGAAGCUUGAGCGGUGGGACUACCGGGUGCUCGGAAUCUCGCCAGAGGACAUAUCCCAAGUAAAGAGAAAGCUCACCGAAGUCGUCAAUCGACCAGACCCUGGAAGCGGUGUUGAUUGGAUGGUCCUCACCCACGUCAUCGUUGAUCGAUAUGCGGACCGGUUGGAGUUUACGAAGCAUCUCCUCAAUUUCACUUCAUCAGACUCGCAAGAAUUCCUUCGGCGAGCAAGAUUCGUGCAGACACAGCUCCGCAUUAUGCUUGCACCGUAUCUGUUAGAUGAUACCGUCGUGCCCGACGCGAAUAAUCCGGGCCUACAGCAAUUGCAGUGGGCGUCCCCGAUAUUCAGGCUAUGUGCCACAACACACACUUCCGUGAUUAUAAAUCUGACACCCUCGAUGACGCCUUCGGAACGCCUGUUGCUCAAAGCCAUCGAAGACACGACGAGAGAAAUUUGUCGUGUUACUACGAACAUGUGGGCUGUUGGUGUCAUGAGUGGGCUCGACGUUAUUUUCCCCAUGGAACCUAAUGAGGAGCCUGAUAUCGUUCAAAUAAUGAAUGACUGGAGACAAGACAUCGAGAAGCUGAUGUCUUGGUUGGACUGGAGUAUAUGGAUUAAAUGCCGGCCUGCCUGCAGCGCCGAGGAAAUGUGUUAUCUUCCUACUUGGCCCCUCGAUGGCCCCGAACCAUGGCCUCCGCAUCACCCUCCAGGGAACCUGCAAAACACACUAGCAGAAGUAGAUUAUCUUGCUGAUCGAGUCGGGCAGACGCAGGCAGAGGACUGGAGGAAGCCUCAGCCGAGGUGCAUUAGGCGCCUCCCGCAGUAUGGAUUUUGAUUCAUAGACCCUCACGGAACUACUUACAAAGCAUCGACUAACUUCGGACUGGCUAUGUGCCAAUAGGUCGGCACACCAGUACUGGCCAUUGCUGCUGGUUGAUUUUUUCGAAACACCACAUCGGGGCAACACGUUCAUACCAAGAUCCAGCGCCAUGUUCAUAGUUGAUACCCCCUUUCAUCCCUCUUUAUCAGUUACCGCUAUUGGUCCGGCCUUCACAUUUUUUCUUCGGU